AUGUAUCCCACCAUCCCAUAUGUGGCUCUCUUCCUCUUUGCCUUUCAGGUAUACAGGUCUAAUCCACCACAAGAGAGCUCCAACCCGGUACUUAGGGCUAGUCUCGAUCUGGGUAGUAUCUUUGAAGAUAUCUUCAGGAGUCAUAUACCAGAAGGAACAACAAACAGCACCUUGAAAAAUGUUGGGAAUGCUAUUGAUGGCCUGGUAGGCUUGUUCUCACCGACUCUCAUGAAGGAUGUCGUAUCAUCUGUCACCCACAUGGCUGAUCUUUUCGACAAUGAAACUUCAGUGCGGACAAAAUCAAUCAUCCAGUUAGGAGCUGACCAGCUCACUAAUGACACGAUCAAUGCGGUAACAAGCCUACUGGAUAAUGCAAACGUCCUCCUUACUGCAGACAACGUCGCAUCAGUCAACAACCUACUUGAGCAAGCAUCCCCUCGUCUCACAGAGGUUUUCAAUGAGAUAAACAACCCUCCUCAUCGCAGAUUUGCUGUCGACUUACUGUCUACCGAUGUUGUCAACAAUAUCGGACCAAUCGUAAACGCCACCGCUCCAGUCCUUUCUACAGAGCUUGUUGACAAGCUCCAAACUACCCUGAACAAACGCUGGUGA